AUGCUUCUUCAGCGCCUUUUUUUCCUUGGCUUGGCCGCAGGCACGUCGGCAAUUCCUGCUCCUCCUGUUCUUUCUGAUAGAGACAAUGGCAUCUGCAGUGCAGAAAAUAUGAAGGUAGACAUCAGCGGCUAUAACUGUCCCAAGAAGAAUACGCUCGACAGCAAAGGUUACUGCUCCAAGCCAAUUCCAAAUGUACCUGGCAAGGAGAGGUGCUCAGCGUACUGA